GAGGCUCUGUGCAGAGCGGAGGCGCGUGCGGAUGUGCGCGUCUGCGCGAGCUGCGUGUGCACCGUUAUUUUCCGGGUUGUUCUCGCAGACAGCGGCAGUGCUGUGCGGCAGCUGACACUUGUGCUCCGGACUCGGGAGGAGGAGAGGUCACAUCGGACAGACUCUCCGUGCCUCCGGCCGCCUCACGCUGCUAACACGCUCAGCGGCAUCACACCAUCAUGGCGGAUCAAGGCGAAUCUCCAGCCGCUGUCCCCCCGCUGACAACCGGCUGGCCAAUUACCAGGGAGUCGUACGAGCUGCAGGAAGUCAUAGGGAGCGGGGCUACAGCUGUGGUGCAGGCUGCCCUCUGUACACCCAGGCAGGAGAGAGUGGCCAUCAAGAGGAUCAACCUGGAGAAGUGCCAGACCAGCAUGGACGAGCUGCUGAAAGAAAUCCAAGCUAUGAGCCAAUGCAGCCACCCUAAUAUAGUCACGUAUUACACCUCAUUUGUCGUGAAGGAUGAACUUUGGUUAGUUAUGAAACUUCUAAGUGGAGGAUCCAUGUUGGACAUAAUCAAGCACAUUAACAAAAACGAAGAAGGCUCGAACCGAUCUUUAGACGAGCCCAUUAUUGCCGCAAUAUUAAAAGAAGUUCUGGAAGCUCUGGAUUACUUGCACAGAAACGGACAGAUCCACAGAGAUGUCAAAGCUGGAAACAUCCUACUAGGAGAGGACGGCUCUGUUCAAAUAGCAGAUUUUGGUGUCAGUGCGUUCCUAGCUGCAGGGGGAGAUAUGACAAGGCAUAAAGUAAGAAAAACAUUUGUGGGCACGCCGUGUUGGAUGGCACCAGAGGUCAUGGAGCAGGUACGAGGCUAUGAUUUUAAAGCUGAUAUUUGGAGUUUUGGAAUCACAGCCAUAGAGUUAGCAACAGGUUCUGCACCUUAUCAUCGCUACCCUCCCAUGAAGGUUCUAAUGCUGACACUGCAGAACGACCCUCCUACUCUAGAGACUGGUGUGGAGGACAAAGAAUUGGUGAAGAAGUACGGCAAAUCCUUUAGGAAACUUAUCUCCAUGUGCCUUCAGAAAGAUCCUGCCAAAAGGCCGACAUCUGCAGAGCUACUCAAGUGCAAAUUCUUCCAAAAGGCCAAGAACAAAGAAUAUCUGGUGGAAAAGCUUUUGAGUCGAGCACCAAAGAUAUCCCAGAGGUCUAAGAAGGUGAGGAGGGUCCCUGGCUCCAGUGGACACCUACACAAGACUGAGGACGGGGACUGGGAGUGGAGCGAUGACGAGUUAGACGAACGCAGCGAGGAGGGGAAGGCUGCUGUCAACCAGGGAAGAUCACGAAGGGUCAGAGAGGAAGCCAAAGACAGUGAGGAGAACGCAAACAAUGUCCCCAUCGAAGGCUUGUCUCUGCAGCAUCCCCAGGUAGAACCAUACAACCACGCAUCCAACAACCAAGGAGCGCUCAACAUGGUCCUCCGGCUAAGGAACUCCAAAAAGGAAUUGAAUGACAUCCGUUUUGAGUUCACUCCUGGCCGAGACACAGCGGAGGGCGUUUCACAAGAGCUGGUGUCCGCAGGCCUGGUCAACGGGCAAGAUGUGCUAGUAGUUGCUUCUAACCUUCAGAGGAUUGUGGACGACCCGGCUACCUACAAAGUGUUGACCUUUAAACUGGUGUCUGGCUGCGAUGACACGGAGACUCCAGAUGAGGUCAAGCUGAUCGGCUUCGCCCAGCUGAGUGUUAGCUGAUGGCUGCUGGACGAGCGGAGCAGGUGGGACGCAGGGACCACACCGAUCAGGGCAGAGGGACAUUCCACUACUGCACCUCCUCCUCAGCUUUAGUCACUCAAGAUUUCAGUCAUUCUAGCAACGUCAGGGGGGAGAGUUGCGUAUCUGUACUAGUGUUGUUACGAUAUUAGAAUUUAAAGGAAUAGACUCGUUACUCAAUACCGACAAUGAUAAUAAAAAAUACUCUUCCUUUAGACAAUAGUGCUACUCUUCAACGUAAAUAAAACUGCAAUUCUCUAAUGGAUAUUGGCUUGGUGCUUGGUGAGUAAUAAGACCAGUGACUUCAUAGUUGUUUUUCUUCAACAUUUCUUCGAGCAAAUGUCAGCACUGCAAGCUAAGUGUUGCCUUUUGUGUAUAAUAAAACAAUUAAAAAUAUUAAAUUACCUCCCCUGGGCUUUGGGCUGAGUUCACAUGCAGUUAUUUCACAUAGCCUCAUGAAUAGCCUCUGUGGGGGGAAUUAUGAAAAGAAUGUUUCUAAGAAUUUAUUUAAAAUUUUAUACUGAGCCCACGAAACAAGCACAACUCAUAACCAAGCUCAAGGCAAACGUCCAAAAGGUUACCACUAAGAAUGUAAAAGUUUAAAGAAUUUUAGCACUCGGUUACAUUUGCAUAGUAAUACUUUUAUUUCACUUUUACUCUUACUUGAGUCAUAUUUUUAUUAAAGUAACAGUACUCUUACUUGAAUAUAUUUUAAACAGGCUGUACUGAUGUGCACUUAAAAGCCAAGUUGUAAUAUUAAAAAAAAAAUUAAAUAUUUCAAAUCUGAUUUUGCUUAAACUUUCCUAACUUGUAAAAGAAAAAGACUUGAUGAGGGAGAACUGACUCAUAAUGAUAAAGAUACACAAGUACAACAUCAAUACACAACUCUUAUUCCUAAAUGUUUUGCUAGAAUGACACAAUAAUCUUCCACUUGCCCCAAAAGCCGCACUGCACCAAACCGUUUCCCCAUGCACUGUUCCUAAAUGACCCUUGACCUUUGACCCUUUUCCAACAUUCCACCGCCAGCACACGUUGCGGAUCAGAACGACCCACCGGAAAACUCAGGUGUGAAGGACCACCGUUCACUUGUAGCUUUUUGAAUGUUGUACCAUUAUAUUUUUGUUACCUCUUCAUAAAAUCCAUUAUUUAUUCAUAAUAAAUGAGACACAAUUUUCGUUUUACUGAUUUGGUUUUCCCACACUGAAUUUGCUUUGACACACAUCGCAUCGACCCGUUUAUACAUGAUGUUUCACCUGAGGUCAGAAUGUAAUCUCCGGUCAUUAAAAACAAAAGCACAUUUAUUACACAACGAAUGUCUUGUAAAAAUGAUAAAAUUCUAGCCACAAUUUUUUCAAAAGAAGGGAAUUAUUUAUUAUUAUUAGUUUGAAUGUGCAGUCAAAUUGAGACCCGGAAGCUACUGUGUAUAAUUUGCUGCCGUGGACAGUGUUAAAAAUGCUAGAGGUGCCUUGUUCAUUUUCUGUGCCUAAGAAUGUAGCUAGUGACAAUGUAUGAAAAAAGCCUAUAGAAUUCCAUGUUAGAAAUGUAUUACCGCAGCACUGACACCAUUCAAGAAAUGUAAAACCAAGCUACAAUGCACUUUUGGGUUGACGGGCUAAUUGCCUUUAGCUCGUUAGCACAGGUUAGCGUGUUUGCUUAUGUCUUCAGAUGAAUUAAGAUCAUACUCACAUAGAGCACACAGAGAACAUAUACUACUACUAUCCCUGAUACAACUACUAGUCAACAAACUGUACUGUACGCCAAUGCCUCUGAAGCAUAGACUGUAUAUAUAAAUGGACAUAGCUAACCUACUAACUGUUGCAUUCCAAAUAGGAAGUGAGCAUGGACUCGCUUCCGGCUCCAUCGACUCUGGCUCCAAUUUACUUUCUAUUGAAAAACUGUUGCCCUUCUCUCCAUAACUGCUGCUGUGAAACUCAUGACUUUGGUUGUAAAAAGUUAGUAUUAAACAUUAAUAACAGACAAAUCCGGUACCUUCUUUCCCCGAGGUUGCUUCCAUUAGUGUUAGCAACAGGUUUGAUUGAUAGUGUUGUUAAGCACCUGCUCCCUGCUAAAUCAGAGGUGCAGACGUGAAGGGGCAUUACCUUCAACAACCUCACUCCGGAUUGGCUCUUUAGUUUCUAUGAUACUCAGUCAGAAUUCCAAAUAUGGAACUCAACUCCAAAUUUACCCCUGUAACCGCUCCAGCCUCGAUGAGCUUCAUUUGACCAGAGCCGAACGCUGUGUGUGACGUCGCACUAGUCCACUUCUUUAUACAGUCUAUGGUCUGAAGACAAAACCAAAAGACAACUAAGAAGUGUGUCAUCGAGCCAUUUUGUUUGUCCCAAAACAAGUUUAGUAGCUCAAUAUUGUUUUAUUGAAGUAAUAUAUACCGAUAAUAACUUCUGCUAAAUUCUUUAUUUUAUGAUAUAAUUUAUUGUGUUUCCUAUGUACAGUACGUGUAUCAUUUCAGCAUAUUAUUACCUCUGUCCUCUGUAAUCAGCUGAUGUCAAAUUUCCAACAAAGAGCAACACAUAAAGAAUUGCUAUUUCAAA